AUGGAAGCUGAGUGCCCUGCAGAACUAGAUGGAUCCGUAUCAUUGCUGCAGUUGCACGCUAGUGUCGGAUUCGAUGGAAAUACUAUAAGGGGUCUUCAGAUACAUCCGGAUGGAAUUCAUUUAAUUUAUCCGAUGGGCAAUAAAGUGACGAUAAAGAAUACUAAUACCAAUGAGCAAUUUUUCCUCGCCGGUCACACGAACACGAUAUCAGCUAUAGAUGUUUCGAGAAGUGGGAAAUAUGUUGCAUCCGGGCAAAUCAAUCACAUAGGAUUCAAAGCAUCAGUCAUAUUAUGGGAUUUCUAUAAACACGUGGCUUUGAUUAAACACGAAGGGCAUAAGGUUCGAGUUGAAGCGGUAGCUUUUUCUAGACGAGAUGAGUAUUUGUUGUCACUUGGUGGAAGGGAUUGUGGUUCGGUCGUUGUUUGGGAUAUUAAUAAGAACAAAUUAAUCUGCGGGGCAGAGGCCACCAAAGGAUCGCAGGGGGAUGCAACUGUCCUGUACACUAUGAACUGUCGAGGACCUUGUUUUAUGACCGCCGGCGAGGGAAACCUGAUGGUUUGGAAAAUUGAUGCGGAAGCAAGGAGCGUCAUCGGGAUCGAUGUGAGCCUCUCGAAAUUGAAAAGGAAGGUCCUUUGCAUGGACGUCAAUGAUAGGGACGAGAUUUGUUUGUGCGGAACAAGUACGGGCGACAUGCUGAAAUUGAGACUGAAUUUCCAUCACGACGUGGAGAUCUUGGAGCCUGUCAAAAGGCCGAUGAUGGUUGGAUGCUUUACAAAAAUCAGCAAGAAGAAAUUACAGCCUGGAACUGUUGAAUUAUAUAGCAUGGGAAUCCGUUCGAUUAUAUUAAUGAACACAGGAGAGAUCAUCAUCGGUGCCGGUGACGGAACAAUCGAUGUAGUUUUAGAAGAACCUCCAAAGAUUGAUAAAAGAAUCACAAGUAUAGCAUUUAAAUUACCUUCGAAUCCAGCUUUGAAAGUGAUAAAAACAACAAAUGUUAAGCACGCCGUCACAACAUUGGUGUUAAAAGACAAAGGAACUUGUAUUUUAGCAGGUACAUUGAAUUGUGAGGUGUUCUCCAUUGAUAUGAAAACAUUCGAGACUAAACUUAUCAUUACCUGUCACACUUCAACAAUCUUCGAUACGGCAUUCCCUUAUAAAUUCUCUGACAUUUUUGCUACUGCGAGUAAAGAUAGCGUACGCUUAUGGAGUAUGAAAACAAUGGACGAGUUAUUAAGGAUAAUGGUUCCAAAUUUUAGCUGUUCAAAAGUGGUAUUUGCUCAUGACGGACGUUCCAUCUUGACGGCGUGGAAUGAUGGUGUGAUCAGAGCAUUUACUCCGCUCACAGGAAGAUUGAUUUACGCAAUUCUGAACGCCCAUAAUAAAGGAGUUUCGGCCAUGGAUAUAUCCCAUAAUGGUAAAUUUAUAAUAAGCGGUGGGUGCGAAGGCCAAGUACGUAUUUGGGAUAUUAAGCCUACAAGCCAAAAUUUGGUUUGUACGUUAAAGGAGCACACCGGUCCGGUGUCUGCGAUUCAUAUAAACCGAACCGAUGAUGAAGCUGUAAGUGCAAGCACUGAUGGCACGUGCAUAAUUUGGGAUAUUCUACGACAAAUUCGAAAGCAAAUACUUUUUGAGAACACUCUCUUUAUGACGGUUCACUAUUAUCCGUCCAGCGUGCAAAUUUUGACUGGUGGUUCCGAUAGGAAACUAUGUUAUUGGGAAGUAUUAGAUGGAAGUCUAGUCAGAGAAAUAGAGGGCUCCACUUCGGGAUCCAUAAAUUCCUUGGAUAUAUCUGCAGACGGUCAAUUUUUCGUAACGGGUGCAAAUGAUCAAAUUGUAAAGAUGUGGAAAUAUCAAGAAGGAAUAACCACGCAUAUAGGAUUGGGGCAUUGCUCUGUAAUAACGGCAGUUUGUAUUAGUCCCGAUUGUAAUUAUGUGAUAACAACUGGGGGAGCCGGCGAAAUUUUCGUGUGGAAGAUCCCCGAAUCUUUAAAAGAAAAACCGUCCGUCGUGAACGAAGUCAAUGAUCACGACUUAAAUGCCGGGGGAGAUGCUAACGUAGGCAAUAGCAAAGAAGAAAAUAUACAACAUUUGGAGUCAAGCAGAUCUGAUGCAAGUGGCAGUAAGAAAGGAAAAAAAUGCUGUAGACCUUGCAGACCGUGUAAUUAA